AGGGGCCGCCCCGCUGGCCCUGUGCAUUGCCCCGCAGCUCGGCCAAGAUGGCGGCGCCGCUCGCCCCGCUGGUGCUCCUGCUCGCCCUCGGCCGCCCGGUGCUCUCCGGUGCGCAGGCCACGGAGGGCGCGGCGGCUGCGCCGCAUCGGCGCUUCGAGUACAAGUACAGCUUCAAGGGGCCGCACCUGGUGCAGGCGGACGGCACGGUGCCGUUCUGGGUGCACACGGGCAAUGCCAUCCCAAGUGCAGACCAGAUCCGUAUAACAACCUCCUUGAAAAGCCAGAAGGGCUCAGUGUGGACAAAAAACAAAUCAAUCUUUGAAUACUGGGAAGUGGAAGUGACCUUUCGAGUUACAGGAAGAGGCCGCAUUGGAGCUGAUGGAUUGGCUAUCUGGUUUACAGAAGAGAAAGGCUUGGAAGGUCCUGUUUUCGGGGCAGCUGAUAAAUGGAAUGGUGUUGGAAUUUUCUUUGAUUCAUUUGACAAUGAUGGGAAGAAAAACAAUCCUGGAGUGAUUGUUGUAGGCAACAAUGGAAAGCUGCUGUAUGACCAUCAGAACGAUGGAUCCACGCAAGCACUGGCAUCCUGUCAGAGGGACUUUCGGAACAAGCCCUAUCCUGUGCGAGUCAAGAUCACCUACUACCAAAAAACACUGACUGUAUUAAUUAAUAAUGGCUUUACUCCGGAUAAAGAGGACUAUGAAUUUUGUGCCAAAGUAGAAGAUAUGGUGUUGCCAUCACAAGGGUAUUUUGGAAUAUCUGCAGCCACAGGGGGACUUGCAGAUGACCAUGAUGUGCUAUCAUUUCUGACCUUCCAGCUGACUGAACCUGGGAAGGAAGCACCAGCACCAGAUGCAGAAAUCCCUCAGAAAGAUAAAGAGAAGUAUCAAGAAGAGUUUGAACACUUUCAGCAAGAAUUGGAUAAGAAGAAGGAAGAAUUUCAAAGGGAACAUCCUGAUGUGCAAGGACAGCCAGCAGCAGAUGAUGCUUUUGAAACUGUGAGUGAUCGUGAACUGAGGCAAAUCUUCGAGGGGCAGAAUCGAAUUCAUCUGGAAAUCAAACAGCUUAACAGACAGCUGGACAUGAUUCUGGAUGAGCAGAGGAAAUACGUCUCUGCAGUCACAGAGGAGAUUGCCAAAAGAGGAGCUGGGUUUCCAGCUCAGCAGGGACAGGUUUCCCAGCAAGAGAUAGAGACACUUGUGAAAACCCAAGAAGAGGUCAUUAGACAAGUAAAGGAAAUAAGAAGCUCUGUGACUGAUGCUCUGAGAUCCAUCAGUGGGGCUCAGCACCCUGGCUCUGCAGGAGUCUAUGAAACAACCCAGCACUUCAAUGACAUCAAAGAACACCUUCAUGUAGUAAAGAGGGACAUAGAGCAUUUAGUGCAGCGCAACACGCCAUCCAGUGACAAACAAAAGUGUCCAGAGUUGCCACCGUUUCCAUCCUGCUUAUCUACAAUGCAUUUCUUCAUAUUUGUGGCAGUGCAAACUGUGUUAUUCAUUGGUUAUGUAAUGUAUAGGAGCCAACAAGAAGCAGCAGCCAAAAAGUUCUUUUGACGACCUGUUCCGUUUGUGUGUACAUACCAGCAGUGUGUAUGCACAGAAAAUUCUACACUUCUGUAAAUGAGGGAAAUUUUAGUGUUGGAUAUACUUCAAUAUUAUAAAUUAUUGAAUUUUGUUAAAUAAAAUGAGUUCCCAUUGAAAGUGUUGAUGCUAAAAACAGGGAGCAAAUGCUGGAUGGGGUAAGACUGUGCACCCUGUCUGUGUUUUCAGCUGACUUUUUCAUAAACACUGAAAGGCAAACUCCCAAUUCCUCUGCUUUUGUGAAGAUUCCAGAGGAGGAGUUGAAACACCCAGGCUUGGUGUUUGUCCCGAGUGUGAAUUGCAGAUGGAUGAUUUGUGCAGAAAACUUAAUGCUAACUGUCCUGACAGAGCAGUUUAAAAAAAAAAAAAAAGAAAAUAAAAAGAAGGUAAAAAAAUCCCAGACCUCAAAGAACCGUUCUUCUGUGGGGUUUGGGGUUUUUUUGGCGGGUAAAAAUUUAUUAUAAACAUUUCAUUUGUUUACCACUUGGAUUUAACAGUAUAAGAAUAUUUUCGUUAAUUCUUAUUUAAACACUUUUUAAUUUGUGGACACAAAGACAGACCUUUAAGACCCUGACUCUUGAUACUUGAUGUAAAAAAACAAUUACACAGAACAUGCAAAGAAAGGCUUCUCUCCCUGUUUUGCAGUUUGAUUUUGGACAGUGAGAAAAAAUGUGAUAAAGUAGUUCCUUCAAGUACAUUGUGGGGCUGAUUUCUUUUUUCAUGGUUUCAAGUCUGUCUGCAGGUUUUUGGGGAGAUUUGUGGAACUUUCCCAACAAAGGUGAUUGCUUUAUCCAUCUUCCAAUCUGAUUGUAUCAAGGAUAUAUUUAGUGUGUGAAUUUGUCUUUACUUUUCUAAAGCUGUCUUGUGUCUUUCAUGUGUCAAGUACAGAUGAUUUGGUUUAAGUCUUGACGUGGUGAGUAUUGUAAACUGCAGCUAUUGAUGAAAUAUUGAUGAAAUGUUAACUCAUUUCUUCACAAACUUGCUUCAGACAUGUUUGUUAAUCUGUAGAACCAGUGUUUUGUGUCAAUUCCUGUUUGGAUAUCAAAAGCAUAAGACUGAACAUGCAAUUUUGAUACUGCUUAUCAAGUGAACAUUUGCUUCAGGAAAGAAAGAAAGCAGAGGGCCCAACUUAGGAAUGUGAAAUUAAUUAAUUUUGCCAUGUUUACAUAUCUGUGGUAACUUUGUCCUUGAGUUGUAUGUAGAAUUAGAAUAACUAUCUCUGUGGUUUCCUAAAUUCUAUAAUAUACACAAAUGCAUCAGGAUAUUUCACUUAGAACUGUUAAUUUGUUUGUCUGAAUCUGCAAAAAUGAUCUGUAAUAUGACUACUCCUAUUGCAGUUCUGCAGUCGGCUCCCUUGGAGUGCAACACGUGCUGCCAAAUUCACUGUAAUGAAGAACACUUCAGUAUCGUGCCUGUCAGUUUGGAGAAACGAGAAAUCUAUGCAAUAUGUUUUGUUACUUUAAGUGCAGCGUCCAAAAAGUGAAUGUCUGUGCUACACUAAGAAAAUGACACUGGCUACACACCAAUUAACACAUCUGCAGCAUGGAGGAUAUUCCAAGCUUUAUAGAUUCAUUUCUAAAUUUGAGCAGAUUUUGCUGUACUAAUGAGAGGAACUACUGCCUCAGGAUAAUCAGUGAAUAAACAACUUUUCAGAUAAAGCAGAAUAACCCAUUGGAAUUUAUCUCUUCAGUUCUUUCAACACCAGCAAGUAUUUCCAGGUGCCUUGAGUCUAAGCUAUUACAACCCGGACUCUUGUAAUGAAACUUAAUAUAUUUUCUUAAAUGGUUCUGAAAUUGUACCGUGGUGUUUCCUUUCAGUUGCAGACCUUCUUGCAUCAGUGCAACAUCCAAACAGAACUCCUUUCACAGCAGGCUUUGCAAAACCCCUCAUGCAGAAAGUAUUUUGAUACAUACCUGGCAGAAGGAGGAGCAGUUCUGAUGCGUCCAUUGGAAUGAGCCUGGAUUUUUGUUCCUGUGAAUUUACCCGCCCAUUCCUUUGAUUUAAAGCUGGAGCAGCCCAUACUUCUGUUUGUUUGGUUAGAAAGGGGGUGAUGUCUAGAAGGAAACUUGAAGCCUACAGUUUUCUCUUCAGGAGGAGGCUGCUGGAUCAGACAUGUCUCCCACACGCAACGCGAAAACUUCUGAGCUAGGGAACAGAAGGUCUCAUAUGGAACGCCAGAAAACUGGAAACUUUGCUUCAUGAUUCAUUUCACAGCUGUCUCCCCGUGGAGCUUCCAUAACUCACUGGAUCAAAAGAAAACUCCCAGAUGCCCGGCUCGAAUUUUGUCCUGUCUGUUCUUGAAGUGAUAGCAAUAAAUUAGGAUUCUAAGAAUGUUUUUGAGUCAAUGUAGCCUCCUGCUAGGUGUCUUUGAGCAGUGACAAUGUGUUUGAUUCUUAUCCAGGAAGAUUUCACAGCCAGGAGGAAAAGACACGGAAUGCAGUUGGACAGUAUUAGGGAGAACAAGUUAUAUUUGAGUUGUGGAUAAUAAGUGCAAAUAUUUGGCAAUGACAAGAUAAUGGGCUUGUACCGGUGGGGGUUUAUUAAACAGUGGUCACCCCUGAAUCUUUCACAAGUCAAAUGCACAGUACGGUUUCUAAAUGACCCGCUUUUCGCUUUGUAAAUUAAUUGCUCUGGUUUGUAACUUCUGUGGGAAGGAAAUCUGACCUUUCUCAAUGAGCAGUGAUGACUGUAACAGCAAAAAAUGUCAACUUUUAAAAAACACGUUUUAAAUUCAAACAGCUGACAGUUUCAUAUUUUUUUCUGACUGAUGUAAAUUGAUACUUGGAGUUCAGAGAUAACCUUGUUUGAAUAAAGGUGCAUAUUUUUAGUAA